GCCCAGCAGAGAAGUCAGAAUUUAAUUUUUAUUCCUUUUUGUGAGUAACUCUUAACUCAGUUUGCAGAGUCAGCACCGUCUGACUGCUGCACUGCAGUUUUAACAUUUUGUCCAUCUUAUAUCUUGUUCUCUUUCUUGGUCUGACCACAGCAUGAGUCUUUAAAGGAAGUGGCAUCAUGUUUUUGAAAAAUACAGCAGCACGUUUUGUUCCCGCUUCAAGACGAGCAGGGCUUGGAGGUUUCUGAUCCAAUGCUGGGAAAGCGAAAUUUGGACUGAAGAGAAGGAUUAUAAUUGUAAGAUAAUGUGACAAAUCUUUAGCAUUUGUGGAGUAGCAACAACGAAAAUGGAUUUUAUAAGCUUAAACAUCGGAGGCUCGCCUCGAAACGGAAUGAUAUGCGGAUUUGUGUCCUGCUUUGUUAUUUCGUAUAAAUUGUCAUUUUGACAAGAUUGAAAUGAUGCUACCUUCAUUGAAAUAAAGACUCGGUACAAUACAUACAGCACAGGUUGCGGAGCUCUCAGUGUGACCGCAAAGAUCGACUGCACUACGUAGACAACAACACCGGGAAUUUAGAAUUUAUGGACAAUAAGCAUUCAUUUAAAUCCAGGUAGAGUUAUGAUAAUCACAGUAAUAUUAAGGGGCUAAAUCAGUCUCUUGCGUAGUGUUCAUUAAACAAAAAAACAAAGGUAAAUAUGUAGAUUUUAAUUGAACGCCCUGUGGCAGUUUGUAGACCGAGAAACGCUUUCUGUGAUACAUCGAGCGCUGAAAGAAUCCUCCAUAUUUAAGGAGGUGCAGUGAGGUUUCGUUCAGUAAAAUUGCCUUAAUAUCUCUCUUCCUGCGUUUUUGUACAAAAAAAACCCCCCACUAUUUCUUGUUUAGCGUACUGAAGUUGUGGUAACGAUUCAGAGACUUGAAACAGUACAGUUUGCAAUUUUGAAAUCUAAGUGGGUUGCAACAUUGCAACCCAACACAGCGCUCUGGGCUCGGUCCAGUUAGAGUUUUGACUGCUGAGAAGCAAGGACGUUCUUGACUAUUCAAGUGGGGAUGAUAAACGAGAACAACAGAACUAGCUAAACCCAAAGACUGAGCAGAGUGGAGACUUGGCAGUUCUGUUGCUUUCUCAAAACCUCUACUAGUCUUCUUCUGGCCACUGUGAUUCUUCUGCUAUUGGCCUGUGGUUGUGUGUACAAUGCUUCAGGGCGGCUCAGUGCAGCUGCUGUGCCUGACUGCCAGCAGCGGAGUGCCUCUCUUCUGCCGAGGCGCAACCAGGCCGCUGCCUUUCUCCAUCAUUGGAUCCCUGAACGGCGUGCACAUGUUUGGUGGGGGCCAGGGGACAGUGCUGUCGAGCUGCGUGACGGACCGCGGCGGCAGGGUGCUGUGGCGGGUCUUCCAUGACACCGUGGUGCUGAUCGCGGUCAGCAGCCAGGAGAGCGGCGCCGUGAGCGAGCUGCGGCUCCGCCGCCUGCUGGAGAACUCCUGGAAUGCCAUGGUGCUGGUGCUGGGGCUGGACGAGCUGGCAAGUGCCAGGAACGUGGAGCGGCUGAAAAGGGACCUCCGUUCCUGCUACCGGCUCAUUGACGCCUUCCUGGAGGGUGAGUGGGAUGGGAUGGGCGACCUCAUGCACUGUGCGGACUGUGUGGUGCCCUUGCAGCCUGCCUUGUUACAAGAGGUCUUGGACUCCUUUGCUCACGCUGCUGACAGCGAGUUUGGCUGCCUGCUGACCCACGGCAAGAUUAUAGUUGCCACCGAGAAGUGGUGGCGCCUGGCCCCCCAGGAAGUGGUGCUUCUCUCUGCUCUGGUGCGCACCCUGGAUGGCACAAUUUCACGGGAUUACCCUGUUUUCCUGCCACAGGGAAGCCCCACUGUGCCCCAUCGCCUCCUCUGUUUCCAGCUGCUCCCUGGGUUAGAUGUGUGCGUGCUUUGUGGGCCAAGUCCAUCUCUGCAGAAGGCUGAGAGUGAGCUGGUCGUCCAGUUCUGGUCUCCUGUAAUCGACACGCUGCAUGGCUGCCUGGCUCUGAGGGACCGCUGCCUGCCCAGCUCAGUGACGUUACAGCACGGAAUCCUUGGGCUGCUGCUGAUCAACCGCGAGUCACGUCGCGCCAUUUCCACUGUGCACCUCUGGGCAGGCGCUCCUGCCGACGUCCCCUUGCCUGCCCGCAGACGGGAGCUGCUCCGUGCCUUGUACACGCUUGCAAUCACCCGCUACUUUUUGGCAGAGGACGCACAGGAGGAGCAUCGCUCCGUAGACGGACUGGAGGAGGACUUCCCUGCUGGAUUUUCCCAUCAGCCAGUGCAGUUCUACCUGGCUACUGACGAGUGCAAAUGCUUUGCCCUGCAGACCCCUCAGCACCAGCUUUACCUGCUGACUUCUGUGACCGUCCCCACCUUCGCUCUCCGAUCCCUAGCCACACGCACCCUCUCCACCCUUCUCAGUCAUACCGGGUUUUAAGCCUGGGUGCAGGACAUACUGGAAAAAACUGUGAAAUCAAAUCUGGAAUGGUUUCAACCAAAGAUGUGCAAAACUCAAUCAUGUAAAACACACCGGGCUAUCAUCUCUCUAGUGAGUUACUGGCACGAACAACUAGAGUGUCGCAUCAAGUUAUAGAAAUUGACAGCACUUUUCAAUCUCUUUAUGAAGGUCUUCAUCACGUCGAUGUCACUCUGUUUGGCAGAUUGUUGGAUGGGCAAACUGGAGUAUUAAAUGGUUGAGUUUAUCAUGAAGUUAACAGCUACAUUGCCCUCUCACAUGGUUGAGAUUUCGUACAUUUUUCAUGACAGAACCACUUCUUUUCUGCUAAAAUGAUAAUCUCACCAUUGAACUUGGCCAUGGCUCGUGAAACAUAAAACUUACGUACAUACAGGCUGUAGCAGAGAUUUUGUCAGUAGAAUGGGCUGCUUGUCUCCUAUAUCUGACAGCUAGUUGUGGCUGUGAGGGAGCUCACGUUUCUGAAUAGAAAGAUAUGUUAUAUGCAUUGUAUGGUUCAUUUAUUGCAGAUUGAAUGCUAAUUCAACUGAAUUUUAUUUCUUAAGGUUUUUAAUUUUAUUACUAAUUAGGUAAAUAAAUCCCAGGUAAUGCCCUGGUUCUGUUCUUUUCAUAGGGAAAGAGAGUUAAAGUGAUCAUUUUUGUAAUUGUAGGUUAUUUAUACAGAACAUCAAGUGUUUUAACCUCUUUGCAAGAACCCAUAACUGUUAAGCAAGAAUAAAAUGAUUUCUAUUUUCA